GUAUUUUAUAUUUUCAAGUUUAAAAAAACGAAUUCGGUUUUAAAAAAAAGAGUUAAUUUGUUGUGAACAAUAAAAACUAAUUUUUUGCGGAAAAAGUAAUUUUUCGGGAGUGAAAAAAAAAAUCGAUAGAGACGCGAUUCGUUUUGCCACGUCAUCAUCAUCAUGGGCGCGACGUAUUCUCCAUCUGAGCAACCAAGUAAAACGGAACAAUUGGCAAAUUGGAUAAGUCGUGUGCGUUCGAAGAAAAUAAUGCGUCGUCGCAAUCGAAGACGUGAUUUACGUGUGGAAGCUGUAUUAACAUCGGCAUUAUUCAAGGCCGAAUUUGAAUUGCGCACAAAGCAACGCUUACGCAAUAUAAAAUGGCAGGAGCUGAAAAAGGAAUUGAUGCUCGAUUACAAGCAGUGCAGUGACUACACAAAUUAUUUACAAUGUCAAGAAAUAAAUCCAUGGAAGGAGCCAGUCUGCGAGGAAUUGACAAGUUUCAAUGAAUUUAUGUCGCAAUUGGGCGAAAUAAAAGUUCCUGUUGCACGAUGAAGAAUUUUUUAAAGGAUCUCUCAAAAUCCAAAAGAGAGGAUUUCUCCUGAAUGGCUUGAAAAGCCUUUGAAGCCGGAAGUACCCGGACCGGAAGAAGCAGUUCAACGGGCGGAAAAAAAGAAGAUUGGACGACGAUCGCGUGUGAAUUUUUUCGAGAGAAAAAAAGAGUGCUGCGCCGCCUAUGAAAAGCGGGGGCAAUAAGUGACGUCACUUGAGUGUUGAUUGCGUAUUUUUUAA